ACCUCGCCCACCCCCGCUCCCCCCACCAGGUGCCCAGUGCUGGGGCAGCCACCUGCUGCCCUGGCUCCCUGCCCGCUGGCACUGUUUCUGCUUUCCCCAUCAGGGCCUCCAGCCUGGCUGUCCACGUGUUACUACCGAUGGGUCCCAGGCGGGCUGGUGCUUGGGGCUGAGAUUGAAGCAAAUCUCCCUAGAUCUCCCUGCUCUCCACGUGAUCCCUUUAUUUUCUGCCCUGAUCUGCUGUGAGCUGUCAGCUAGCUGCUGGGUGAUACCACAAAGGGAGCUGCGCUUCAGUGGUGGGUGAAUGGCUGUAUACGUAGGGCCUGGGUCUCUCGUCACCAUGUCAGUUUUACACCAGCAUCGCUCCUUGAUGUCAGUCCAGUUACUUCUGGGGGUUAAAGAAUGUCCCGGGUCCCUUUAGGAAAAGUCCUCUUACGAAAUGUCAUUCGUCAUACUGAUGCACACAACAAGAUUCAGGAAGAAUCAGAAAUGUGGAAAAUAAGGGAGCUGGAGAAGCAGACUCAAGAGACUUACCGGUGGAAGCAAGAGAGAAUGUCACCCAAUACCUCCAGUAGUCGGAUGCGCAGUGACGGUUUCGAUGAGGAGAGCCAAAGGGCUGACUGGAAGGCAAAGAACUUUAUGCAUGUUCCUGACAUGAUCGAAGACGACCUUCUCAGGGCUCGGACCUGGAAUAAGAAGCUCUACGAAUGUGAAGCCAACAUGCCAGAUAGAUGGGGUCACAGUGGCUAUAAAGAGUUAUAUCCAGAGGAAUUUGAUACUGACAGUGACCAGCAAGAGAAAGAUGAACAAAACGCUGUCAAUGGAAAGAGGAAAUCUCACCCAGGAGAACAAUCUGUGCCUGAGUCACUCAAACGGAAGAGGCCAAAGAAAUCACAGAAGAAGAAGCAGAAAAAGAGAUCACACAAAAAGCGAAAGAAGAGAAAAAAGGAGAAGGUGAAGGCAUCAUCAGAUUCUUCCCAGGAAAGCGAGUGUUCAGAGGAGGGGACUUCGGGCACCAGGAAAGGGAAACACAAACACAAGCACAAGAAGAAGACCAGGAAAAGGCUUGCAAAGGAACCUGCCUCUUCCUCUGGGCAGGAAAGUGACUCUUCCAGUGUGAGCAGCUCUGAGGACAGCGAACCUGAGGAGAAAAAGGAAAAGUGGUCUAAGAAAAAGAGGAGGAAAUGCCCUGUGUCCGCCUUAGAGAGGCACAAUGAGAUUCAGAAGAAGCAAAGCAAGAGGAAGAACUGGAAAGUGGCAGCUGAUGAGAAGUCGGAGGACAGCUCAGAUGAGGACUAACAAGCGGCCAUGAGUCUGGGGCCAUGGGUGAAAUUGCACGUCAGCGAAUGGAGGCUGACGUUUUCUCCCGACAUUGCCCUGUGGUACAAACAUGGUGCCUAACUGAUUUCUGGAGCACAGAACUUUAUACCCUGCCAGCCCACAGGUAUGGGCUCUGCACCUUGCUGGCUCGCAGAGGGCACCUCUUUGGUUUUUGCUGGUUUAAAACCAGGAGAGCUGAAAGGCCUGCGGAGAAGAUGCCUGUCCCUCAGGUCGCAUCUCCUGCCCACCCACCCCAGACUCCUGACUCUAUAAUUGGUCUAAUUUCAUGGCCAUAUUCAGUUUUAAUUGACAGUUCAUGUGGGCCAUCUUCAGAAGGGAAACGGGUGCAUUGGCACCGUCUCUAGGUUUUUUUAAAAUUGUUCCUCUUUUCAUGCAUAGCCACGUAAUGACCAAGACACAAUUGCAAUAAAGAGCAGAGGCCACAGCUUCUGCCAACCUGAUUACAAAGGAUGUGCCAUUGGAUUUAACAGCAGGGGCCCUUCACUGCAGCAUUAUCCCCGUGAUGAAAAUAAACGGAUGUGGUCCCACGUGGACAGUCAAAGUAAGGAGGAGGCACUGGUCUGGAACAAGGAAGGGCAGGUGGGGUGUCACAAUUCUAGCUGCAGGUGUGGUGACCCCACUGCAGUGGUUUGUUUCAAACUUGCCUCAGAUCCCCUACCUCUGCCCUUUGUGUGACUGACUUUCCCUCCUUCCUAUCAGUAACACGUUCCUCUGGAUCCACUUGUGCUGAUGGACAGGCCUCUGAUAGGUUUCCUGUUCUGUCUCUGGCUGGCCCAAUGUGUUUGACACAAAGAUUGGGAUAGCAGAAUCAGGCCCUGAGGAUUUAGAAUCAGGGUGGUGGGCCCCAAAGGACCAGUCUUCAGCUGGAGGAAUAGUGCCUGGGAUAUGAGCUUCAGCAUAGAAUGGGAGAAUACCUGGGGCUCCGAGAGGUAAGGGGGAUCUCAAUGCGAGUUCAAAACUAGAUAGCAGAAACACAACAUCAGGGUAGUUUAUCUUCUAGUGGGAAUGUCUUAUAUGUCAGCCUGGUAAACAAAUCUUCUCUGCCUUACUGUCUAUAAUCUGCUCAAUCAGAGAACUAGUAGAUACUUGGGAGGAAGAGGAGGGAACCUGCAUAAAUACAUAAUAGCCCAGAUCCUUGGUCUUUGUUUAAAUUUGUUGUCUCUCUUUCUCCACCUGUAGCAGGUGAAGCUUUUUUAGGUCUUCCUGUGCGUAUGGGCUGACACUGAUAAAAUGGAGAGACAUCAUUGUAGUGUCUGUCAUUCCGUGUCCCCCUCUCCCACUGCCACAGUGCUUGGUCUACAUUCUGUCAUCCACUCCCUCUUCUAGAAGGCCAAUGUUUGUGACUUCCUUUCCAGGGCACGAAUAUG